UCAAGAAAUCGUGUUAGUGCUGUUGCGCGGCGGCGGCCGGGGUUCUAGAGAGAUCGAAGAGAUGAUCAGCGCUUUGAAAAGCGACUCCUAUGUGGAGUUAAGCCAGUACCGAGACCAGCAUUUUAAGGGCAAAAGAGAAGACCAAGAGAAACUGUUAAAACAAAGCUGCACUCUGUAUGUUGGAAACCUCUCAUUUUAUACAACAGAAGAGCAGAUUCAUGAAUUAUUCAGCAAGGGUGGUGAUGUGAAGAAAAUCGUUAUGGGUCUGGAUAAGAUUAAGAAAACUGCCUGUGGAUUCUGCUUUGUGGAAUACUACACCAGAGGAGACUCUGAGCAGGCCAUGAGAUUUAUCAAUGGUACUCGCUUAGAUGACCGGAUUAUCAGGACAGACUGGGACGCUGGUUUCAAAGAAGGAAGGCAGUAUGGACGUGGCAAAUCAGGAGGCCAGGUCAGAGAUGAGUAUCGUAAAGAUUAUGAUGCAGGAAGGGGAGGCUAUGGUAAAGUCGUACAGACUUUUUGAAGAGAUAGACAGCCAAGCUCAAGAUCUUUCCCCUGCUAUAACAAAA